GCGGCCCGGCCAGUGCGUGGCUGCAGCCGGGAGCCUGAGGCCGGGCCCUCGAGCAUAGGUGCUGACCCGGCUGGGCCGUGAGUUGGCCGUCGCCUCGGUGGCAAGGCCUCCCCGAUGCCGGUUGGGGCUUUGCGGAACAGAACGGAGGCUGGGCCCGGGCCGCGGGCAGGGUAAGAGGCUGACGGGCCCGCUCGCUAGCACCGGGUGGAUGCGGCGGCGGCGAUGGACGCUCUAGAGGAAGAGAGCUUCGCGCUGCCUUUCUCUUCCGCCUCUGAUGCAGAAUUUGAUGCUGUGGUUGGAUAUUUAGAGGACAUUAUCAUGGAUGAUGAGUUCCAGUUAUUACAGAGAAAUUUCAUGGACAAGUACUACCAGGAGUUUGAAGACACAGAAGAAAAUAAACUCACCUACACGCCUAUUUUUAACGUUUCUCUGGUAGAAAAGUACAUUGAAGAACAGCUGCUGGAGCGGAUUCCUGGGUUUAACAUGGCGGCUUUCACAGCAACUUUACAGCAACAUAAAGAUGAAGUGGCUGGUGACAUAUUCGACAUGCUUCUCACAUUUACGGAUUUUCUGGCUUUUAACGAAAUGUUUCUGGACUACAGAGCAGAAAAAGAAGGCCGGGGACUGGACUUAAGCAGUGGUUUAGUGGUGACUUCGUUGUGCAAACCAUCCUCUGUGUCAGCUUCCCACAACAACCUUCAGCACUAGGCCCUCCUCCGGACAGUGAGCUUGUUCUGGACUGUGGCAGCCCAGGAUCCUGGGAGAGCCUUCAGCUAAUGAUGAAACACAUCUUGGAAAGAGUGGCUCUGUUCUGCAAUCUUCAUUAACGUUAAGUAUUGAUGGGUCAAAAAAAAAAUUAUCUGACCCUCCUGGGACCUGUUUCCGCUGAAAAACCUUGUGUUCAGUGACCCUAGUACUGCUCCCCAAGUAGAGACCUCGCUCAGGGCCUUGAGCUGGGCUCCUCCGGAGCGAGCCCACAUCCAGCAUUCCACCUGGGGGCCCUUCCCCAGCAUCCCUGUUGGUGUAAGCACCCGCCAUCACCAGCCCUUUGUCCCAGCAGGCUUUGCAUGAAAUCUUUUUGUGCGCUCGAGCUUUUCACAUGUGUCAAAGUUUCAGUCCUUCAGCCUCAGUGGGGUUUUUGACUGUCUGGGAAUAUUUAUCUAAGGUGUUGCUCAAGCAGCUGCCCAUCUUGAGAUUUCUAGAGCUCCUAUCAUCACAGUUAGUCUUGUCUGUAGGAAUCAACUGAGAUGUCUUUUAUCUAAAAGCUACAAGUGAAAACUAGUCUUAUAGUUUGUAGUGCUUGUAUCACUGUCUUCUGAUGCAGUCCCCAUUUCUAGAACUUUCUUAAGGAUUUUUGAAAAAAUAUUUUUAUAGGUGAAUACUCAGGCUAACCUAGUGGAUAUAAUCUUGGAACCCCCAUGAUUACCCACUUAAAGAUCAAAGUAUUAUAUGCUGUGUGCUUUUUAGUGUUAGUGCUCUAAAGCAAAACUGCUGUGUUGGCGCUCCUGUUUUACUGGGCACCAGUGAAGGUGUGCUUGAGCUGGAGGGAGACUAAAAGCUAUCACUUUUCUUGUAGCAUAUUACGUGUUUGUGCAGGUUUGUUUCAAACCCUUUCUGUAUAAAUUAGUCUGUUAGGGUUUCUGUUGGGGUGAGGGCUCUGCAAUUCCUUCUUCCUGUUGGUCUUCCUACCAAGACGGUGUUUUACUGGCCUAGCUCAGCAGGGAUAGGAGACAGCAGACAGCUUCAUGGGUCACCUGCCUGCUCUGAUUUAGUGCAUUGGCUUAGCACAAUGUUUGAUAGAACCUUACUGCCCAGAAAACGUGGCUGUCACCUCUCUAGAAAUAAGACAUACCAGUAGUAGUUGUUCCUAGAUUUUUUAUUUUUUUUAAGUAAAAAUAACAAUCUGUACUGACUUUUCAUUUGGCUAUUCUGGUUUUAAAGGAUGAGCUAUAGAUUGUUUUCUGUACUGAUGUGGCGCAUAUUAAAUACUUUUGUACCAUGAAAAAAAAAAUCCUGCAAUG